ACAUACAGUUUUUAUAAACUAACAAAUAGAACAUACAGUUUUUAUAAACUAACAAAUAGAACAUACAGUUUUUAUAAACUAACAAAUAGAACAUACAGUUUUUAUAAACCAACAAAUAGAACAUACAGUUAUAAAUUCAGAUUUUAUAAACUAACAAAUAGAACAUACAGUUUUUAUAAACUAACAAAUAGAACAUACAGUUUUUAUAAACUAACAAAUAGAACAUACAGUUUUUAUAAACUAACAAAUAGAACAUACAGUUUUUAUAAACCAACAAAUAGAACAUACAGUUAUAAAUUCAGAUUCUAUUAA